AUGAUCUUCGAGUGGUUCCUGCUCUUUGUCCUAUUUUACAUCCUUCUAAUUGUUUGGGAUACUUGGGAGCAAAAGACAGCGAAAAUCCCUGACUUCAAUGGCAAAGUUGUGCUUGUCACAGGUGCUAGUAGCGGGAUUGGAAGACAGCUAGCGAAAGAUCUCAAUCAGAAAGGUGCUGAGGUAGUGAUCACAGCCAGAAGAAUUGAGGCUUUGGAGCAAGUCAAGCAAGAAUGUAAAUUCCCACAAAAAGUACAUGUGGUUAGGAUGGAUCUGAACAACAUUGAAGAAGUUCAAGAGAUAUGAGUAAAGGAGAUCAACCAGAAGUACAAGAUCGAUAUCCUGAUCAAUAACGGUGGAGUCGGAAUUAGGGAUGAGUUCAAGAAUAUCCAUCUUAAAGUUGUCAGACAAGUCAUGAAUGUAAACUUUCUCUCUGUUUGUGCCUUGUCCAGAUACAUAGGGGAAGGAAUGGUUCAAAGGAAGCAGGGUCACAUUGUAAAUAUCGGAUCAAUGGCUGGCUUGUUCCCUUUACCAAUGAGGACCAUCUAUUCCGCUUCUAAAUAUUCAGUCAAGCUGUUUAGCAAUAGCUUGAAGGCUGAAUUAAGAGACUCAGGGGUGAUCAUCACAGAUGUGUUUCCAGGAUAUGUUAAAACUAAUGUUUCAGCCAAUGCUCUUGUUGGAGACGGGAAACUCUACGGAAAGCUGGAUGAUAAUAUUGGUGGAGGAAUGGAGGUUGAUGAUCUCUGCAGGAGAGCUUUGCAUUAUAUUAAGAUGAAUGAGUCAAGGAAGGGUUUGAAUAGAUUUUUUGGGUUAGAUUAUAGCCGACUCGUUGUUGGGAAGUUUUAUGCUAAACUUGUUGUGAUACUAUGCUCUUUAAGUGAUGAUAUUUAUGAAUUCAUCAGCAAGAUACAAUAUAAGGUAUAUCUAAUUUAUAAACCAACAAAUAGACCCAAGUUGAAAUCACAAAGAACGCUAAAUAAGCUCUUAUGAAGCCUUAUUCGAAAAUGAUUCAGCCAAGAUACUAUGUAA